GGGGGUGGGAGGGGGGCGGCCCUGAAUAGGGGCUGUGGCGGUACGUGGGGUUACGGCUGCGGUAGCUGCGGGACUGGCUAUCGCUAGUCCCAGGAGAGAGACCUCGCAGCUUUAAGCUAUCGGACCCUGAAAGAAAGUUUACUUUCUGGACAACUUGGGUAAUUUCUGCCUGGCUGGAAAAAUACUAAAGUUCCUCUGGGCUCAGAUAGAAUUUUAGAAGAACAUAAUGGAUGGAGAGGAGAAAACCUAUGGUGGCUGUGAAGGCCCUGAUGCUAUGUAUGUGAAAUUAAUAUCUUCUGAUGGUCAUGAAUUUAUUGUAAAAAGAGAACAUGCAUUAACAUCAGGAACAAUAAAGGCCAUGUUGAGUGGUCCAGGUCAGUUUGCUGAGAACGAAACCAACGAGGUCAAUUUUAGAGAGAUCCCCUCACACGUGCUAUCAAAAGUGUGCAUGUAUUUUACCUACAAGGUCCGCUAUACUAACAGCUCCACUGAAAUUCCUGAAUUCCCAAUUGCACCUGAAAUUGCACUGGAACUGCUGAUGGCUGCAAACUUCCUAGAUUGUUAAAUAAAAUAAAUUAUAAUAAACUGUUAAUUUUUUUUCAGUAUUUAAUACCUGUAGUUCAGUUAGUAAUUUUUUCACAUAUAGCAUGUUGCCUGUAUGAAAUUGAGCUGUAAAGCUAAUUGCCGAGCAGAUUCCUUCUGUCAUUUGCAUAGCAGAGUUGAAAUUUGUUUGCUACAUCAACAAAUUAAGGACAUUUCACAAGUCAAAAAAUAAAUAAAUAAUGCCAGUUUAUAGAUGGUUUGUUUUCUCCUUUGGAUAUGACCUUUAAAAUUAUAACUGAUAUAGCAAAUCCUGGAAUAUAGACGUAAAUGAAUAUAUUCUACAGGUAAAUACAGGGGCUUUUUAUGUUUCUAGUGUUUUUUUAAGAACCAGUUCUGAUCUUAUGCCACUGAGCAUUACUAGAGUUAUGCAAAUAAUUACAUGGAAAACAUGUUUAUAACUUAGCCAAACCUUGAUUUUUGUAACUCAAAGAGUUGAAAUUUCUUAUGUGUUUUUUUAUAAACUGCAGUAUUGUUUAAGUGCAUCUUGUGUUUUGUUUAUUGCCACAACUCAAGUACUUUAUUUAAAAGCAAUUUUAGAAGCUAACCAGGUAUAUCUUUUAGAAUAGUGACUGAACUGUAGCUAUCUAGUCAAGUAAAUGACUUAAAAGUUAUGUGCAUUGUGUUUGAAUAUUCUGAAACAUGAUUCUGCUAGCCUUAGGGUUUCUCAAGGUUCCAUUCUUCAUGGUCUCUUGGGAUAGCAGUUGUAUGGUGUUGAAAUGUGUCCUACAACACUUCAUGAGCUUGAUCUAAACUUUGAGUCUAGAUGUGCUGAGCUCUUCUAGUCUUCCUGCAUUACAGGAAUGCUAUAAAAAUAGUAAUGGAGGGAUGUGGUAAGAGCCCUGGAGUGCUCUCAGACAUUGCACCAGAAGAUCCCUCCUAGCAUAUCUUCUAGCCAACCGAGCUAAAAGCCAUGAGUCUUCUGAAGUCACAAUCAUGAGGUAGUCAUUCAGCCUUUAAACUGAGCAGACAGAGCAUCUGAAUAAGUUGGCUAGAUCUCUGCCUUGGCAUGGGAGAGCACUGAAGUGAAUGAGAUGGUGGGAUACGGUUGCCUCCAGUGGCUGUCCCAGGUCUGUCUGCAAGCCUUCAAAGCUGCAGAAAUCAUAACUUUUCCUCUUAAAAAAGUGCACAUCGUACUUUCCAGCACACAGGAGAUAGUUACAUGUAAAUUGGUUAUUUUUAGUAAUGUUUCAAGACAUGCUGGCCAUAGCUUAGUACAAUUGUGAUGAGUGUACAGGAAUUGUUUCAGGCUGCAAGUAUUUGGAGCUCAGUGGUAGUGCUACUAUGACAAGGCCCUCCGGUUGGUUAGUCUCUGUAACUUAUAUUUGCCCUUUCUACAAGCUCUAAAGGUCAAAAGGCAGUAGCUAGCAAGGAAAGUUAGCUUGAGCCAGUUUUUGUAGGUUACUCUGUUAGAUCCAAAAAUAACCUUAACUUCAGGACAUGAAAAUUGCAGCACACUAGGCAAAUUUGUAUAUGGUACAGAAAAUGGUGCAUUGUGUUAAUAAAGGCUGUAUUGACUGAAAA